AUCACUCUCACGAAGGUCACUCCAUCCUACUGGCGUGCCAGCUUUUCUUCCCCGCCCUUCAAUAUCCAGACCAACGCUUGGUAUACGGCCUUAUAUACCCUCAUCACCGACCUUACCACCGACCCUGCCGUCAAAGUCGUCGUCUUCGACUCCAGCGUCCCAGAUUUCUACAUCGCACACUUCGACCUUUUGAGCCCGGUUGACAACAGCCUUAUUGACGGCUUCUGGCCGAACAUCACACAGCUGGCAAACCUUCCGGUGUUGAGCGUUGCUGCUGUAAACGGGAUUGCACACGGUGGUGGUGCCGAGUUCGCUGCUGCGAUGGACGUACGGUUCGCUAGCAGGGAGAAGGCCGUGUUUGGACAACUUGAAGUUGGUUUGGGGUCGUUGCCUGGUGGCGGAGGCCUCUCGCUGCUUCCGCGCCUUGUUGGCCGAAGCAUAGCGCUCGAAAUAGUUCUCGGGGGGCAAGACUUCGAUGCUGACACUGCGGCCGCAUACGGGUGGGUCAACCGCGCAAUUCCAGAUGCAGAAUUUGAUGGGUUCAUUGAUACCUUUGCACGCAGAGUGUCGAGUUUUGAUAAAUCGGCUAUCUUGGAGGCGAAAAGAAUUAUCAACAAGAGGGCUGGGUAUCCGACGGUGGACGAACAGGCUGAGGAUUGGAACGCUGCCUUGGGGUUGUUGGCCACGCCUAACGUGCAAGCAAGAGUCGCCAAGAUGGUGGAGUUGGGGUUGCAGAAGGAUACUGAUUACGAGUUAAAUGUUGCGGAGAAGCUGCUGGAUGUG